AUGUGGCCAUCACAGCUACUAGUCUUCAUGAUGCUCUUAGCACCGAUAAUUCAUGGUGGCAAGCACAGUGAGCGACAUCCAGCCCUUGCUUCUCCACUGCGACAUGCUGAGCGCGGCCCAGGAGGCGCUCUACCUCCCAGACAUCUCCUUCAGCAGCCAGCUGCGGAGCGCGCCACUGCUCAUCGCGGACCAGGGCCCCGUGGAGCUACCAGAGGAGUUCGUGGUCCAGGUGCCCAUGGAGCUCAGAUCUCAGCCCAAGCUUUCAGCCGUGCCCCCAUUCCAAUGGCUGUGGUUCGCAGAGAGCUCUCCUGUGAGAGCUACCCCAUUGAGCUCCGCUGUCCAGGAACAGAUGUCAUCAUGAUUGAAAGUGCCAACUAUGGGAGGACUGAUGACAAAAUUUGUGACUCUGACCCUGCUCAGAUGGAGAAUAUACGAUGCUAUCUGCCUGAUGCCUAUAAGAUUAUGUCUCAAAGGUGCAAUAACAGAACCCAGUGUGCAGUGGUGGCAGGUCCUGAUGUUUUUCCAGACCCUUGUCCAGGAACCUAUAAAUACCUUGAAGUGCAGUAUGAAUGUGUUCCUUACAAAGUGGAACAAAAAGUUUUUCUUUGUCCUGGACUACUAAAAGGAGUAUACCAGAGUGAACAUUUGUUUGAAUCUGACCACCAAUCUGGGGCAUGGUGCAAAGACCCUCUUCAGGCUUCUGACAAGAUUUAUUAUAUGCCUUGGACCCCGUACAGAACUGACACCCUGACUGAGUACUCAUCCAAGGAUGACUUCAUUGCUGGAAGGCCAACUACAACCUACAAGCUCCCUCACAGGGUGGAUGGCACAGGAUUUGUAGUGUAUGAUGGAGCUUUGUUCUUCAAUAAAGAGCGCACCAGAAACAUAGUAAAAUUUGAUUUGCGGACUAGGAUAAAGAGUGGAGAAGCUAUCAUAGCAAAUGCCAAUUACCAUGAUACCUCCCCUUACCGGUGGGGAGGCAAAUCUGACAUAGACUUGGCAGUGGACGAGAAUGGGCUAUGGGUAAUCUAUGCAACAGAACAAAACAAUGGUAAAAUUGUCAUUAGUCAAUUGAACCCUUACACCCUACGGAUUGAAGGGACAUGGGAUACUGCAUAUGAUAAACGGUCAGCUUCCAAUGCAUUCAUGAUAUGUGGAAUUCUGUAUGUGGUCAAAUCUGUCUAUGAGGAUGACGACAAUGAGGCCACGGGAAAUAAGAUUGACUACAUUUACAACACUGACCAAAGUAAGGACAGUUUGGUGGAUGUACCCUUUCCUAAUUCAUACCAGUACAUAGCAGCUGUGGAUUACAACCCCAGGGACAACCUUCUUUAUGUAUGGAAUAACUAUCACGUCGUGAAAUAUUCUUUGGAUUUUGGACCUCUGGAUAGUAGAUCAGGGCAGGCACAUCAUGGACAGGUAUCAUACAUCUCUCCACCAAUUCACCUUGACUCUGACUUGGAAAGACCCCCUGUUAGAGAAAUCUCUACCACAGGACCUCUUGGCACAGGAAGCACCACCACCAGUACCACCCUUCGGACCACAACCUGGAGCCCAGGCAGGAGUACCACCCCCUCAGUGUCAGGAAGAAGAAACCGGAGUACCAGCACCCCAUCUCCAGCUGUCGAGGUGCUUAAUGACAUUACCACACACCUUCCAUCAGCAUCGCCCCAAAUCCCAGCUCUAGAAGAGAGCUGUGAGGCUGUGGAAGCUCGUGAAAUCAUGUGGUUUAAGACUCGUCAAGGACAGAUGGCGAAGCAGCCAUGCCCUGCAGGAACUAUAGGAGUAUCAACUUAUCUCUGCCUGGCUCCUGAUGGAAUCUGGGACCCCCAGGGACCAGACCUUAGCAACUGUUCUUCUCCUUGGGUCAACCAUAUAACACAGAAGUUGAAAUCUGGAGAGACAGCUGCCAACAUUGCUAGAGAACUGGCUGAACAGACAAGAAAUCAUUUGAAUGCUGGAGAUAUCACUUAUUCUGUCCGGGCCAUGGAUCAGUUGGUAGGCCUCCUAGACGUACAACUCCGGAACUUGACUCCAGGUGGAAAAGAUAGUGCCGCACGAAGUUUGAACAAGCUUCAGAAAAGAGAGCGCUCUUGCAGAGCCUAUGUCCAGGCAAUGGUCGAGACAGUUAACAACCUCCUCCAGCCACAAGCCUUGAAUGCCUGGAGAGACCUGACUACAAGUGAUCAACUGCGUGCAGCCACCAUGUUGCUUGACACUGUGGAGGAAAGUGCCUUUGUGCUGGCUGAUAACCUUUUGAAGACUGACAUUGUCAGGGAGAACACAGACAAUAUUCAAUUGGAAGUUGCAAGAUUGAGCACAGAAGGAAACUUAGAGGACCUGAAAUUUCCAGAAAAUACCGGUCAUGGAAGCACUAUCCAGCUUUCUGCAAAUACUCUAAAACAAAAUGGCCGAAAUGGAGAGAUCAGAGUGGCCUUUGUCCUUUAUAACAACUUGGGUCCUUAUUUGUCCACGGAGAAUGCCAGCAUGAAGUUAGGAACAGAGGCCAUGUCCACCAAUCAUUCUGUUAUCGUCAAUUCUCCAGUUAUUACAGCAGCCAUAAACAAAGAGUUCAGUAAUAAGGUUUAUUUGGCUGAUCCUGUGGUGUUCACUGUUAAACACAUCAAGCAGUCUGAGGAAAACUUCAAUCCUAACUGUUCAUUUUGGAGCUAUUCCAAGCGCACAAUGACAGGUUACUGGUCAACGCAAGGCUGUCGGCUCCUGACAACAAAUAAGACACAUACUACAUGCUCUUGUAACCACCUAACCAAUUUUGCAGUACUGAUGGCACAUGUGGAAGUUAAGCAUAGUGAUGCUGUCCAUGACCUUCUUCUGGAUGUCAUCACCUGGGUUGGAAUUUUGCUGUCCCUUGUGUGCCUCCUGAUUUGCAUCUUCACAUUUUGCUUUUUCCGUGGGCUCCAGAGUGACCGUAACACCAUCCAUAAGAACCUCUGCAUCAGCCUUUUUGUAGCAGAACUGCUCUUCUUGAUUGGGAUCAACAGAACAGAUCAACCAAUUGCCUGUGCAGUUUUUGCUGCCUUAUUACAUUUCUUCUUCUUGGCUGCCUUCACCUGGAUGUUCCUGGAGGGAGUGCAGCUCUAUAUCAUGCUGGUGGAGGUUUUUGAGAGUGAACAUUCACGAAGGAAAUACUUCUACCUGGUCGGCUAUGGGAUGCCUGCCCUCAUUGUGGCUGUGUCAGCUGCUGUAGACUAUAGGAGUUAUGGAACUGACAAAGUAUGUUGGCUCCGACUUGACACCUACUUCAUUUGGAGUUUUAUAGGACCAGCGACCUUGAUAAUUAUGCUUAAUGUAAUCUUCCUUGGGAUUGCUUUAUAUAAAAUGUUUCAUCACACUGCCAUUCUGAAACCUGAAUCUGGCUGUCUUGAUAAUAUCAACUAUGAGGAUAACAGACCCUUCAUCAAAUCAUGGGUUAUAGGUGCAAUAGCUCUUCUCUGCCUAUUAGGAUUGACCUGGGCCUUUGGACUCAUGUAUAUUAAUGAAAGCACAGUCAUCAUGGCGUAUCUCUUCACCAUUUUCAAUUCUCUACAGGGAAUGUUUAUAUUCAUUUUCCACUGUGUCCUACAAAAGAAGGUACGAAAAGAGUAUGGGAAAUGCCUACGAACACAUUGCUGUAGUGGCAAAAGUACAGAGAGCUCCAUCGGCUCAGGGAAAACAUCUGGUUCUCGAACUCCUGGGCGCUACUCUACAGGCUCACAGAGCCGAAUUCGUAGAAUGUGGAAUGAUACGGUCCGAAAACAGUCAGAGUCUUCCUUCAUUACUGGAGAUAUAAACAGUUCAGCGUCACUCAACAGAGGAGCCAUGGCUAAUCAUCUUAUAAGCAAUGCUCUGCUUCGUCCGCAUGGUACUAACAAUCCCUAUAAUACAUUGCUUGGGGAACCGGCGGUCUGUAACAACCCUUCUGUCAGCAUGUACAACGCACAAGAGGGGCUUCUGAACAAUGCCAGGGAUACAAGUGUCAUGGAUACUCUACCACUGAAUGGUAACCAUGGCAAUAGUUACAGCAUUGCCAGUGGCGAAUACCUGAGCAACUGUGUGCAAAUCAUAGACCGUGGCUAUAACCAUAAUGAGACCGCCCUAGAGAAAAAGAUUCUGAAGGAACUCACUUCCAACUAUAUCCCAUCUUACCUGAAUAACCAUGAGCGCUCCAGCGAACAGAACAGGAAUCUGAUGAACAAGCUGGUGAACAACCUGGGCAGUGGGAGUGAAGAUGAUGCCAUUGUCCUGGAUGACGCCACCUCCUUUAACCAUGAGGAAAGUCUGGGCCUGGAAUUGAUUCAUGAGGAAUCAGAUGCUCCUUUGCUGCCCCCAAGAGUCUACUCCACAGAGAACCAUCAGCUACAUCAUUACACCAGAAGGCGGAUCCCCCAAGACCACAGUGAGAGCUUUUUCCCUUUGCUAACCAACGAGCACACAGAAGAUCUCCAGUCACCCCACAGGGACUCUCUCUACACCAGCAUGCCAGCGCUGGCUGGUGUGCCCACUGCAGAGAGUGUUACCACCAGCACCCAGACCGAACCCCCACCGGCCAAAUGUGGUGAUGCUGAAGAUGUUUACUACAAAAGCAUGCCAAACCUCGGCUCCAGAAACCACGUCCAUCAGCUGCACACCUACUACCAGCUAGGUCGCGGUAGCAGUGAUGGGUUUAUAGUUCCUCCAAACAAAGAUGGGACCCCUCCAGAGGGAAGUUCAAAAGGACCAGCUCAUUUGGUCACUAGCCUAUAG